AUGUUUCCGACCCUGAAGCUCUUCCAAACUCUCCCAUGUCCGGAGAAGCCACACUGCACACGAGCCCACUGUCUCUUCAGCCACAGUUCCGACAUCACCCAGAUCCCAGUCACGCCAGUGCCCGUGGAUGUUCCUAAGCCAGUCCCCUCGGUCUCCUCUACCCCUGCUAAACGGACGACCGCGGCAGCUGCGGUAGCAUCUACCUCAAUACCAGCCAAACGGCCAAUUAGCUCUCCCCUGCGCGGUGCCGGCCCUAGCAAUGGAACGUCCUCAGGCGAACCUCCGAAGAAGCUACAGAGGACGGGGACCUCUCAGCGGCCAGUUGCUGUGCCCUCCGGCCCACAAACAACGUCGACUGGUGUGCCCGUUUUGAGGGUCAGCGCGGCCCAAUCUCAAGUAGCCAUACCCGUUCGCCAAGCUAUGCUCAAGAACCUAUACGACCAUUUCGUCAUCCUUUAUGAGAACAUAUCCCGCGCCAAUCCGACAUUAGCAGCUGAGCAUGCACUCAAGCAGGAAGAGGAAGUGUACAAGAAAUCUUCCAAACUUACGUACCGCAACGCCGUGAUUUCGUCUAUAGCCGCGCUCAAGCGGCGCCCCAAACCCGACAAUGCCUCGCACCCGUCGGUGGGUACGGAGGCCGAGGUGCAGGCGCGCGAGGAGAUGCGCAAGAAGGUCGCCGCGCUGCGCCUCUCCGGCGCACAGCUCGAGCCGUACGUCCUGUCCCUGGACGACCUGAAGAAGUGGGGGUACAUCGUGGAGGUGCCCGACGGCCCCGGCGGGGACAAGCCGCACGAGGAGGGGGGUGUGAUGACGUGCGACCGGUGCAAUCAGAAAUUUCAGGUCAAGCGUCAAGAGGACGCCGACGAGUGCCGCUUCCAUUGGGGGAAGGCGUUCACGUCGAAAGUGAACGGCGAGAAGAGACGCGUGUUCACGUGCUGCUCGCGAACACCGGACGAGGAGGGAUGUCAAACGGGCCCGCACGUUUUCUACGAGACCGACCCCGAGGAUCUUCACCGGCGACACGCGUUCACGCAUACACGGCCACCCGCAGACUCCGAUGACACCGCGCUAGAUGCCGUAGCACUCGACUGCGAGAUGAUAUACACGACAGGAGGAAUGCGCGUCGCGCGCGUCUCUGUGGUGGACUCUGCCGGGCAGGAGAUAUUCGACGAGUAUGUCCGGAUGGACAAAGACGUCGAAGUAAUUGAUUACAACACGCGCUUCUCGGGCAUCACCUCAGAAAACCUCGGGAGCGCGCGCCUCCCGCUGGAUUCCAUCCGUCGGUCCAUGGACGCGUUCAUCAGCUCGGAAACCAUCAUCAUCGGACAUGCGUUAGAGAACGACCUGAAGACGCUGCGCAUGAUCCAUCAUCGAUGUGUCGACACCGCCGUGCUGUUCCCCCAUCCUGCCGGGGCACCAUACCGGCGCGCGCUGCGGGCAUUAGCGAAGGAACACCUUGGUCAGACCAUCCAGGCAGCGGGCGCGGCAGGCCAUAGCUCCGUCGAAGACUCCAUCGCGACCCUGGACCUCGUCCGGUGGCACGUCAUCAACGGGCGCAAAUCCGCGCCGAAGCCGACCACACCCACUAUGACGUCGAGCGCGUCGGCCCCAUCGAACACAUAA